AUGGUCGAAUCAAACAACCCAGAUAAGGUCCUCGCGGCCAUCGAAACCGAAAUCCAAAAGACAAAAGAACAUGUGAAACGCGAACCGCCCAAGUUCCCGAACCCCUUCAAAAGGGGCGAAAUCAAACCAUACCUGCGGUAUCGAAAAACACAGCUUUUUAAGCGCAUUUUGGCUAUAAAAUUGGUGCAUUGGACCCUCGCCAGUAUUGAAACGUGCCUCAUUAACGUUCUUAAGAUGGGACCUUUGCCACAACAUGUGUCGUUCAUUAUGGAUGGUAAUAGAAGAUAUGCCAAAUCGAUGGGACUGCCCAUCAAAAGAGGGCACGAAGCAGGCGCUGUGACACUUUUGGAGUUGCUCAGUGCAUGCAAAAAACUCGGCAUUCAGGUAAUUUCUGCUUAUGCAUUUUCUAUCGAGAAUUUUAAUCGUCCCCAGGAAGAAGUCGACACCCUCACGAGGUUGUUGGCCGAAAAGCUCGACGAAGUGGCACGUCGCGCACAGGAUCACAAGAAUGAAUUGUACGGGCUCAGAUUGCGCGUUGUCGGUGAAAGAUCUUUGAUCUCCAAGCACUUGGACGACAAAAUCACGCGUGUCGAACGUAUGACCGAGGAAGGGCAAGAAAUGACUCUGUACAUUUGUUUCCCGUACACUUCCCGAAAUGACAUAUACCAUGCAAUCUACAACAGCGCUGAAAAGUGCAAAUACUUCGAUGAAUCUACCAGCGACAUAACCGCCGCGAGUCUCACCAAAGAAAUGUUCUUCAAUGAGUACAGCGACAAAUGCGAUCUCUUGAUUAGAACUAGCGGCCAUACUCGACUCUCUGACUACAUGCUAUGGCAAGUUCAUCAAGAUGGGGUAAUAGAGUUUUCAAACACCUUGUGGCCCGAUUUCAGCUUUUUAGAGUUUUUCAUCAUUUUGUUGAGAUGGAGUUUCUUCACGACGAUGGUGAGAGCCGUCAGAAACCAAUUAUCAGUGCGUCGUCAUGUCUUCCAUUUCGCCAAGUCGCAUUUCUUCCCCACUAAGAAAAAUUAUGCAAACCUGGACACACUUCCAGACCCACCACAAGCCAUAUCGGUCAUUGAAAGAAGCUGA